AUGACGACAACACCUGCUUCGGAUCUUACUAUUGCCCAUUUUGGUCCACUUACGACCACGUUCUCUCCACCCACGGGGUGUGCCACCGCGAACUGGGUCAGUUACAACACAGACAACGCCCUUCUGGCAUGGGGGGCUGUCUGUGUCACCCAGGGCGUUCCAACUGGCUCAACCCCCGCGAAGGUAUGGAACUGGGCCUCGUCUUGCUACCCCGAGGGUAUCAAAGGUGUGUUUACUGGAGAGGGAGUAAAUAAUGUCUUCACUCCCGGUAAUGUCUGUCCAUCUGGAUGGACCGCAGAUUAUACCACCAGCGCUGGCCAGAGGGGCCUAUCACCAUCAUACAAUAUUGGUCUAAUGGGAGCGACCGUGGCCGAUAGCCAAGUUGCCACCGUAUGCUGUCCAUCUGGGUAUCGGUAUGGAGGCAAAGGAUGUGCUAGCACUGCGACAUCUGUCAGCGCACGACGGCUGCUCACGACUUCAGAUGGAACAUGCUCAAGGACUACCGUGUCUGACUUCACUGGCUAUAUCGAGCGCUCGCAGAAAACGGCGACUUUUACGGCAUAUCCCAUUUGCUUGGUUAAUGGCGGUGAAAGCACAGGAUUAUCAACUGGGGCCAAGAUUGGGAUCGGAGUAGGUGUCCCCCUUGGCGUCCUCCUUAUUGCCGGGGUGACGUUUAUUUGGUGGUACCGACGCAACAAGUCAAGGAAAAUUGCAACUGAAGCUGCACCUGAAGCAUCCAGUUUGUCCGAAGGCGUGUCUAAGAGGAGCCCCAGAUUUCCAGUUGGCGUCGUGAAACCCGAACUUGAUAAUGGCGACCCCAUGUAUCAGAAAGCGGAGCUUGAUACUGGCGCAGUGAUUGCGUCCGGCUCAUCUCAGGCGCCAGUCGAAAUGCCCAAUGAACAGAUUCCAUCUGCACCGGCUGAACUCCCUGCUGCGCGAAGCCCGGAUACACCUCAAGCUGAGUUGCCUGGAGAUUUUGGAUACACCGCUGCUAGGAACGAUGGGGGCAAAGACGCAAAUGUGGCCAAUGUGUCCACUUCUAUCCCAACCAUUGUCGUAGAUCCGUCUUCGCCUCUUUCAGGUGAAAGAGGAACCAAAUAA